GAUAUUUUAAGUCAGUGAGGAUAUUUAAUUUUUAUUGCGCGUACAAGUUUUGGAACUGCGUAUUUCCUUUUGCUUAUUGAUAUAAUAAAUAAUGGCUGACAUUAAAGACGAUUGGUCAGAUUGGAAUCCCAUAGCUCAGCACUAUUUUGAAGAGACUUCAAACAAAUAUGAAAAGGUCAUGGAAGCGCCAGCAAAAGAUAAUGAUAACCUCGCUCGGCUCACAAAACAAUUACAAUAUCCAUAUUUGGUUAUCAAAAAGAAAAAUCAAUUUAUAACGGAGAAUUUGUUGAGAAAUUAUUUUGGCGACAUUAUCUAUGAAAUUGAAUAUCGCUCAGUACCACGCGAGUUUCACGUUUAUUUUCAUAAUAUUGGAUCUCUUGAGGCAGCCUGGACUAAGAUUCAUCAGUUUCCAAAUAUUGUGCAUUGCGUUGAUGGCCGUGGACAACAAAGUAACUCAUUUAACACCGCCCUGCUGAAAGAGAGCGAAGUAAAAACUGUGGCUCAGCUGCCGCCAUCUUCAUGUGAGCCAAAUUCUGUGAACUUAGAAUCUCGCACGAUUCAACUAUCGGCGAACAAGAAAAAACAUCCGGAAUUCUUUAAGUCACCCAUUGUUAUCAAAUCUGACUAUAGUAAUAAAAGCUCUCAGUUGGCCGCCAACGAUGAGAACUUUCGCUAUUUGAAUGUUAAAUAUGAGUUUAUGCUGGAGCGACAUGGAGCCUAUAACUUGGAAGAGACCAUUGAAAAGGGUCAAGCUGUGCUACACUUUCGAUCCGGUCGUUCAAUAGUUACCCCCAAAAACCAGCUUGAAGCUAAGCCAACCCAUUUUGAGCUUCAGCUGGAGAAGCUGGCAAAGAAGUGCUUUUCAUGCAAAUGCUACACGGACAACAGUUGCAAAUUCUGUCAGAUGCCCUUCUGUAAUACUAUCUGCUUCGACGCGCUGGCCGCUGUGCACAAGGAGAGCUGUAACAAGGGCAGCCCGCCCGUAAUUGACGAUACCAUUAUUUCCAAAUUUACAAAGCUAAAAUUGCCACCCUCUGGUUCCAACGUUAAAAUCUCUGCCUUUGAGCAAAGCAAUGUUUUAUACGUGCGCUCAGCAGAAAUUGUAGCUGAGAUUGCCUACUAUAAAGUGCUGUCAGAUGUGAUGUUCCGCGGUAAAGUGGCACCCAAACUGAUGCGGUUGCCACAUUGUGGUCAAAUAGUGAUCCACAAAUCUAGUAUACAGACUGUGCGGGCUAUGGUGCUGAAUGUCGACAAUCCGCAGGCCAUUUAUGUGGUGUGUGUCGAUUAUGGCAAUAUAGAGGUUACAGCGCUUGACACACUAUACGAGUGCAGUGACUAUUUGGCGGGUUUGCCGCGCUAUGUUGUGCCUGUUCUGCUUCGCGGCGUGCCCAGGCGCUUCAUGUCUCCCAAUCUGCGCAGCAUGCUAUAUGAGCUAGACCACACGUAUACAUUUGUGCUGAAGUACUCGGAGCGUGAAUUUGACCCUGACAAGGGCAUGCAGCGCGUCAUUCUUAUUGAAAGUGAACUUAAUCGCAGCUUAAAUCGAUUGAUUAAGACAAUUGUAACUCCAGUGGAGCCCUCGAUCUCAGAAAUUGGCUGUAAAGAAGACUUUCUGCAGCAUGUGCAUUUGCCUACAGGCAAGAAUAUCGAACUGGUUGUCAUGGACAACACGUUCAUUAAAUUUGGUGUCAUUCACUGCACAAUUCUGGAUUACGCAUACGAAAUAACUGAAAUGCAGCGUGAUAUGCAGUUCUAUGGCGAUUCCAUAGCCAAAUGUGAAUUCUUUGCAGCGUCUAAGAAUGACCUUUGUAUUGCCAAAUACCAAGACAAAUGGUGCCGAGGGGUGUGCAUGGAACUAGUGGGCGAUGGUCAUCCAAGCAUCUUGUUUAUUGACUACGGCAACAUUGCAGCAAUCCAUGUGAACGACAUACGUCCAUAUCCGCCACAAUUCACAUUUCCUAUCUUAACUACUGAAUAUGAUCUGCUGGAUAUGCCCGUUGAUAUAACCGAGGAGCAAUUGACACGUCUUGAAAAACAUUUGGCUAUUGGAGCCAUUAUCAACUGCGAUGAGGUUAUUUACAAUGAAGUCGAUAAUAACUACUCACUGCGCCUAGACGCUGUUCAAAAGCUUACGAUGUAAUAAUUAUGCCAAGAUCUAUAUCUAUAUAUACAUAUACCAUCUUGUCUUAACCAAA